AUGCGCCUGCUCGCGAUUUUUGGAGGUGCCUGGCUGCUGCACGUAGGAAAUGUCAUGGCAGCACUUUGGCUGAGCAGAGCCGCUUUUCUGGCUAGUGGCUCGUUGUAUGGCGCACUGACGAUUCUCAGCUUGGCUUUUCCCGGGCUGCUUUGGCAGAUGCUGUGCCGACCCGGUCGACUGGUCUGGCUUCAGUACAGUGGCAACAGGAGUCUGGAAAUCCUGCUUUUCAUCUGCACUCCGCUGGGCUUUCCUGUGUUCGUCCAUGUGGUUUCCUUUUGGGAUCUCUAUCGUUUAAGCCUUUUCCUUUGGAGGCUUUGUUGCAAAACCCAUACCGGCCACGCUUCACCUGUGGACUUGAAGCACUGGUACAUCUAUGAAGCCUUCCGGGAAGACACGCGAAUUUUUGGAGACGCCCCAAGGGCCUUCCUGUGCGCUGUCUCCUGGGCGAAUCGGCCCCUGGGGUUUCUGGCACCUGAGACUUGGCCCUACAGCGAGGACCUCGUUGUUGCUGAAGUGGUCGCUGGUGCUUCUGCGCUGGUGUCCUGCUUGCUAGGCCUGAUUCCAGCCCG